ACCUUUUGGGAUGAGCACUGGGUGUUGUAUGGAAACAAAUUUGACAAUAAAUUUCAUAUAUUGAAAAAAAAAUUCUAUAGAAGUUGUAAAAUCAAUUACCUCAAAGAUUUUAUCUCCAAGUAGCCUCUGGAAGAUCAGGGGCUGAAUGUGAGUUGGCAUUGGAAGUUUUACAUUUUGGUGGAUUAAAUAAGGAGGCCUUUUAAAUAGCCAAAGAACUUUACUUUUAAUGGAAAUUCCAUGCAAUUUUAUUAAAUCUGUGACUAUCUCUAGCGGUUAGCAAAACAUCUGAAGAAAUGUUAAGUACCUAAUGAAUACAUUUUGAACGAAAGCAUAAAUCAUUUAAAUUUGAUAUCAUGGAACUAGUUACACAAAAUUUAGUCAGACAUAAUCUAGUAUAAAAAUAACCUGAAUAAACUUCUUAACUUUAUUCACUUGCCUUACUUUAACUGUAUCCAAUCAGAAGGACAAGCCUUGACAAUUGAAAGGGCUUCCUUCUGUGAAAUUGACCCACAGCUUUAAGGAAUAUUUUGGGGAAACUUAAGGGUUAUUUGAUAAUAUUAUUUAAAAUGUUUUCAGGGCUAUUUCCUAUACUUUCCCUCCUUUAACCCCACUUUCUUAGUGUAUAUCUCCUGAGAGCAAGUAUUGACAAUAAAAAUUGAAUUGUUAUAAUUUUUGCUCAUUUGAGGGUAGGAUUCACAUGAUUGGUGCUCUUUACCAUAACUAAAACAUGGGUAUAAUUAUAUGGUACUAUUCUUUUUUAAUACAAGCAACUAAGUUUAAGACUGUCCAAAAAUCUUCAUAAUUUAUAUUUCCCCUUUACUAAUAGAUUGUGUUAAAUGAAAUUUCUUUCAUCUUAAUGUUAAAACAUUUUGUAAAAGCUUAUAUAUCAGUUGUACUAAACUGUGGGGACACACUUGAAUCAUACUUUCUUCUUGUCCUUAAGGAUCUUACAGUUUAAUAUAAGACACGUGGCAGAAGCAUUCUACCAGUGCAUAAUGAUGGGGCUUAGCACAUGCUACCCCAAAAUGUGGUACCUUGGCAUAUCGAUUACUUUAAGCUGAGGGAAUGUGAGAAAUGGCAUGUGUAGGAUGGACUUUCUGACCUGUCCCUAAAGCAAGUCAAAAAACCCUCAUGAGAGGUAUCUUCCUUUAUCCAGAGGAAAGGAUUAUUCUUCUCUCUGAAGAUGAAGAGAUACAGAGAAGAAUCUGAGGAACAGGCAGUUUGCUACACUUAGCUCAUACUCUGUCCUGUUACAUUUUUCCACAACUUUCCACUCUUCAUCACAUAAGAACUAAAUAAGAACCCUCAGAUUAAUGAUUUCUUCAGGUUUUAAUUUCUUUAUGAACGCUCCAGUGUCAUGUAAAAUUUAUAUUAAACAAAUCUGUAUGCUUUUCUUCUGUUAAUCUGUGUUUUGUUACAGGGGUUUCAGUUGAGAACUUCCAAGGGUAGAGGAAAAAGAUAUUUUCCUCUUCUAUAAUAUGUAUUGACAUAUUGUAGAAGCAGUCAGAAACAAACAAACAAAAACUACACUUAAGCAAGUAAAAUUAAACAGGGAAGAUAAUUUCUGUAACAGAGCCACCUCCAAGUACUUUAUUGUAGAUAAUGCUGUAUUAUGCAAACAGCAUGUGUUAUACUCAAAUACUAUAAGGAAUAUAGUGAAAAGUCUCAUUCCAGCCUUUCUGCAGAGGCAACUUUGUCAUAAGUUUUAUGUGAUAUUUAUAAUGAUUUUAAAAACAUAUGCAUGCAUGGGUAUAUAUAUUUUAUUUAUUUUUAAAGUAAGCCCUAUGCCCAACAAGGGCCUUGAACUCACAACCUGAAGAUCAAGAGUCACAUGCGCUGCUGACUGAGCCAGCUAGGCACAUCGUGUUUGGUUUGCAUAUGUAUUUUUAUUUUUAAAUUUAAUUAAAUUUUUUAUUUUUUUAAGUUUAUUUUUAUUUAUUUUGAAAGAGAGAGAGCAAGUGGGGGAGGGCAGAGAGAGGGAGAAUCCCAAGCCCCAUUGUGGGGCUCAAACUCACAAACUGUGAGAUCAUGACUUGAGCUGAAGUCAAGAGGCAGAUGCUUAACCAACUGAGCCACUCAGGUACCCCUGCAUAUGAAUUUUUAAAACAUACUGAGGUACAUAAUGCACAUCUGUACCUUGCUUUUUAAUGUAGCAAUGUAUCUUGGAAUAUUUUCCUUAUUAGUAUACAUAUUAUCUAUCUCAUUUUUACUGAUUGCAUGAUAUUAUGCAGAGUUUUAACCAGUUUGUUUUUGAUGAACAUUUAGAUUGGUUUCAGGUUUUUGCUGUGACAAAUGUGUGAAGUCAAGGAGAGAAAAUAGAUGUAUGCUUUUUGUGUGUAUGUGUAUGUUAGUAUAGUGGUAUGUAUAAUUAGAACAAGGGCUGAGCAGAAUCUUAAGCUUUUAGUGUAAUACAUAGAUAGAAUAUAUUGGAUAAUAUGGCAGACAGACUCUGAGGUAGUUCCUCUGAUCCCUGCUUGCUGGUGUUCAUGCCCUUUAGUGUGAGCAGAAUAUGUGAUUUCCUUUUAGCCAGAAGAAUAUGCUAAGGGUAAUGAGAUGUUCCCUAAUUAUAAAACUCCAUUUUGCCAGCAUGUUUGCUAUCUCUCCAUCAUUAGUUUUGAAUCCUACUACUAUGAGGAAAUGAACUAUUACAAUCACAGUAAGCUUGGAAGUGGAUCCUUCUCUAGUUGAGCCUCCAAAUGAGGAUCUGGUCAUGGUUGACACCUUCAUUGUGGCCUUGCAGAGGACCCAGCUAAACUCCGCCAGAUUCCUGACCAGCAGAAACUGAGAAAAUAAUAUGUGUGCUGUAAACCAUUGGGUGGGUUUAUGGUAAUUUGUUAUGUCGCAGGGGACUUUUAUCUCCAAAAGAGAGAAUUUUAAAAUUUUAAGCUUCUGGGAUAUAGCAGGAAUGCUAUGAUAAAAAUAACUGAAGGAGUUUUUGCUGAGGUUAGAAACGAGGAUGGUUGGUUUGUUCUUCCAUGCAUUAAAAUUUAUGGGUAAGCUAACAGUGAAAUAAUUGUUUUCAUCUAAGUAUUAUAGGAAUGACAUAAGGUUUUGAUUUAGAUGCUAAAAGUGUUAUCAGCAGUUUUGUCUAAAGUGCGUGGUUUUUUGAUGACCCUGAAAAGUCUAAGGUAUUUUUGAUGUUAAGUAGAACAGGGAGGGUCAGUUCCCUGGAGAAAUAAAGAUAAUUGAAAGUGAGUAGAAAUCCUAUCCCUCCCUAAUCAUUCAUCCCCUGCUCCUGUGUUGUGAUUAUUUUAGCGUUUUUUUUUGUGUUUUUUUUUUUGAACCGGGACAUGGAUGAUACCCGUUUCAUCUUUUUAUUCCAACCAUCUAGCACAUUAUAGGUGCUCAUUAAUUGUUGAGCAACUUCCUAGGAAUUCUCAUUUUCUGUGAUCUCAAAAGGCAACUAGAAAGUCACGAAUGAGCUAAUGAGAUAUACAAAAUUCGCAUUCAAUAGUCUAUUAGAGAAAGUCAGCAAUGUGCCCAGCACUGUGUUACUAUCUAAGGUUUCCUGACUCAUAUUUUUUUAAAGUUUAUCUAUUUAUUUUGAGAGAGAGAGCAAGCGCAUGUGCUUGAGCAGGGGAUGGGCAGAGAGGGAGAGAGAAUGCCAAGCAGGCUCCUUGCUGUCAGCGCAGAGCCUGACUCAGGGCUCAGACUCAUGAACUGUGAGAUCAUGACCUGAGGCAAAAUCAGGAGUCAGAGACUUAGCUGACUGAGCCACCCAGGUGCUCCCUGACUCAUCUAUUUUUUAUAACAAUUUGAUUGGAAGUUAUAGGUAAUAGAGAAAAUAAUGGUAAUGAGAAUUAUGUUAUUUUUUCACAUUUAAGGAAAUUGAGGACUUGGAGGUUAAGAAGCUUCUACAAAGUCAUACGACUAGUUUUUCUGAUUCCAAAAUCUUUUUGUCUUAGUCACUUAGUAUUGUGGCAGAAGUAGAAAGGUUCCCACCAGUUUUCAUUAUCAAAAGCUAUGUGUGUCAUUAUGGCAGUGAGCAGUGGGAAGAUAGCUAGAAGUAUCCUUGAUGGUAAUGGGGACAAUAUGAUUUAGGUUUUUUGAUUAAAACUUGGUUUAAAUAUGUCAUGCUAAUAUGUUUGAUAAUUAUAAGUAUUAAACAUCUCUGCUAAUUUUUUCACUUUCUUUUUGAAUUUCUUUGUAAAUUUACAUCCAAUAAAAUUCUCUUUCUGGUGUACAGGUCUUAUGAAUUUUGACAAAGGCAUACAGUUGCAUAACUACCACCACCGCAAUCCAGAUAUAGAAUAGUUCCAUCACCCCCCCCCAAAAUUAACUUGUGCUGUCCCCGUGUAGUUCCCCAAGCCCUAGGCCCUGGCUGUUCUGUUCUAUAUCCCUGUCUUCUCAAGAAUGUUAUAGAAAUGGAAUCGUCUGGUAUGGAACCUUUGAGUCUGGUUUCUUUAGCUUACCAUAACACUUUUGAGAUUCCAUUUUGUUGAGUGUAUCAGUAGUAACUCUAAUUACUUACAUGUUGUAUUGUUAGAUGCUUUCCCACCUGUGUUUACAGAUAACAUCCAGUCUUUGUUUCUCUGUAGUCUAUGGAUUGGGUAAUUUCUACUGAUCUGUUUUCAAGUUCCCUUAUUUUUUUUCCUCAUCUUGUGUGCUGUUUUGCCCAUCUAAUGAAAUUUUCGUUUUAGUUAUUCUUUCCAGCUACAGCUGAAGUUUUCAUUUUUUGAUAAUUUUCAUUUAUUGAGAAUCCCUUUCUGCCAUUCAUCAAGACCACCUUCUUAUUGUAGUUCUUUGAAUAUAUUCCUUUAAUUGUUUAAAUAUGUGGUUUGAAGUCAUUCACUAAAUCCUAUAUCUGGGCCUACCUGGAGUCACUUUCUAUUGAUUGCUGUUUUACUUUCUUAUUUCUUUGCAUCGCAUAAUUUUUGGCAGAAACCAGGGUAUUGAUUAUAAUGUUCUUAUGAGUAUUGUUGUUUUGUUCUAGUGGACCAUUAAGUUGCCUGGACUCAAUCGCAAACAUUGUUUCCCAAGCAGUGUAUACCAUCUGAUAUCUGUGCUUAGUUCUUACUUCUUCCAGCUACUUGGUUUUUAGUAUGGUCUCCUGGGAGUGAGUGGAGGAAAGUGCUCCCGCCACCUGUGUAAUUUGGUGAUCAGCCAAAAAUUUGGGCCUAGAUUACAUUCACAUUUUGGAGCUCACCCUCCCUGUACUUCCUCUACUUUUGGAUAUUCCCUUUUAAUUUCUAGCUUCUCUGGCUCUGGUGGUUUCUGUCCUCUGACACUCUUAAGCCAAUAAAGGUUUCAGCUUUCUGCUGCUUGGGCUGUGUAUGGUUGGGCCUGCACUCGGUUUAAAAAGCAUCAAACUCCUAGAUCUUAUGCCAUGCAGCUUUCAAGGGUAAAUUCCUCUGUAGUCUACCACAGAGGGCCUGGAGUCUCUCCUCCAUGCAUGUGUAAUUUAGCCUAGUAGAAUUUAUGUUUAGAUUUUGGGCCAUACCUCUGUGUGGUUCUUUCACUUCCACUAUGUCUGACUUAAAUUUCCAGCUGCACUUCUAGUUCUGAAUUGUUUUCUCUACUACUUUGAGCUGUAUGGCUGGCUGGUUUCCUUCACCAUAUUUCUAGGGGAUUGGGAAGGGCACUCAGCAUAAGAACUUCAUCUGAACACAAAAUUCUGUUACCUUUCAGAAUAUGCUCUUCUUUCACUACUUUAUGCUUUGGGAUAUUUGCCAGUGCUUUUAAACAGUAGUUUUAAAAAUAUUUUAUCCAGGUUUACAGGGGGCCUGGGUGGCUCAAUUGGUUAGGUGUCUGAAUUCGGCUCAUGUCACCAUCUCACGGUUUGUGGGUUUGAGCCCCACGUCGGGCUCUGUGCUGACAGCUCAGAGCCUGGAGCCUGCUUCGGAUUCUGUGUCUCCCUUUCUCUCUGCCCCUUCCCUGCUUGAACUCUCUCUCUCUCUCUCUCUCUCUCUCUCUCAAAAAUAAACAUUAAAAAAGUAUUUUCUCAAGGCUUAAAUCAUUGUUAUCUGUAGGAGGCUCACAUGAUUGCUUAACUUGGCUGCCUGUACAGGUUUCUUUUCACCCCUCUGGUUUACUUUUCUUUUAAAAGUUGCUUCUAGGGGCAUCUGGAUGGCUCAGUCAGUUAAGUGUUGACUCUUGAUCUCAGCUCAGGUCAUGAUCUCAGGGUUCCUGAGAUUGAGCCCCAUGUUGGGCUCUGUGCUGACAACGCAGAGCCGGCUUGGGAUUCUCUCUCUCCCUCUCUUUGCCCCUCCCCGCCUCUCAAAAUAAAUAAACUUUUAAAAAGUUGCUCUCACCUGUUGUUUUUAUUAUUUUUUAAGUUUAUUUAUUUUGAGAAAGAGCAGAAGGGACAGGGAGAGGGAGAGAGAGAAUCCCAUCAGGCUCCACACUGUCAGUGCUGAGCCCGACAGGGGGCUCAAACUCACAAAGUGUGAGACCAUGACCUGAGCUGAAAUCAAGAGUCUGAGGCUUAACGGACUGAGCCAGCCAGGCAACCCCCUCCUCCCAGCCUGUUCUUUUUCUUUCACAAUUAUCUGUAGCAGUAUUCAUUCUCUCCAGCCUCUCCAAUUAUUGAUGUAGUUAAAAUAUCCUCUGGAUACUUGCCUUUCUUUGCAGCCAAAGGCAGUCUUGUCUUGGCUCUUCGGGCUGGUAUCACUGUGUGAUUUUAUUCUUUUCAUUGUUUUUCAACUUAUCAGGUCUUUCUCUCCAGUAACCACCACACUUGAAUUACUUUGUUUGCAAAGUUUGAGAGAUAAAAACAAUUUCCCGUUAAUAGAAAAGUUCUCAUAUAAUGACACUAUUCAGAAUGAGAUCCCAGUAGGAUGAACAAAGCCACAAGAUGGCUGAAGUUUAAAAAAAGACAUCUGCUGGCUGUAGGGAACAAAUAUUAUGAAUUUCUGUAUACCUAGCUUAGUAUGUUAGAAAGAACAUGGGCUUGGGACACCUGAGUAGCCCAGUUGAUUACGCAUGGACUCUUGAUUUUGUCUCAGGUCAUGAUCUGGUUGGUGAGUUUGAGCCCGCGUUGGGCUCUGCACUGACAGAAGCCUGCUUGAGAUGCUCUCUCCCUCUCUCUCUGCCCCUGCCCUUCUUGUGCAUGUGCCCGCCCUCCAUCUCUCUCUCUCAAAAAAAAAAAAAAUAAAAUAAACAAAAAAAAAGAACAUGGGCUUUCUGUUAGACUGGGAUUCUAAUGUUAGCUCUAAGAUCUUUUCAUCUAUAAAACAUGAUUAUAAUACUAGCUUGUUUUGAGCUUUAAAUAGGAGAAAAUUAAACUUCCUAGCCCACUGAUACAUAACAUAGGACAGAAUAAAGUCUCCAUGUACUAUCCUUUUUUCAAAAAAAAAAAAACAACAAAACUUUUCUAUGAAUCAUUGCCAUUAAUUGAUACUACCUGGAAAUAGUAUCCUAAAGACCACUUAUUUAUGUUAUUAUAGUCUUGAAGAUUCUGUUCCCCCACACCCCCUUUUUAAAUAGUAAUAUCCAAGAGAAGAGAAGUAAUUGAAUUGCCUUUUUCCUAGUUGACUUUUGACAGUCUCCUGAAUGCAUGUCUCUAGCCAAUUGGCCUAGUUGUUCCUCCCUCUGCACAGAUUAUAUCUAAAUUAUUUAGAAUUUAGAUUAUUUCUUGUCAUAGGCUCUGGGUCUGGAGUUUUCUCUUGUCCAGCAAGAGAGUGGACGCAAAAUUGAAAUGCAAGAGAGGCUAAUGUCUGGGAGGAGACAGGAGCCCCUAGUAAGGGUCCUUGCUCUGACCCUUGCUCCAUUUUGAUUAGGAUCAGAAUGGGCGUGCACAAGGAUACAGUGAAACCGUGGACAUUAACUCAUGGGCAUGGGAAAAAGAGGUUUUGAAGAUAUGCAGUGUUAGGGGUUUGGGUCAGUACAAAACAAAAUUCUGGUGCUUGCUGGGAGGUUGUAUACAGCAGACAGGAGGCGCCACCUCUGUUUACCUAAACUGGCCAAGAGGACAAGAAAGACGAAGCAUGCUACCUCAGGGUCAACAAGGCACCUUUCUUUUGCUAGUUAGUUCCACUCAGGGCAACUUCUGCUGGCUGUUUUCCAUAGUCCUGUUUACCUGUUUACCUAUUUUGGUCCUUCCUUCCUGUGAAAGCAGCUUUCUGCUAUUUUACUAAGUUGGGUGGCAUUUCAGCCCUGAACACCUAAUCUUGUUUACCUCAUUUUUGAUGCUUUCAUCCUGAGGCUUUUCUAUUCCUAUAUCUUUGUCCUGUACUGGGAGCCUAUGCCCUGUUUACCUAAUCUUGUUUACCCAAACUUGGGUGUGUUCAUCCUGUGGCUUUCUAAUUCUUUAUGCCUUGUUAACCCAUCAGUGCAGUCUCAGGGAAUUCCUAAGUUUAUUCCCCACAAUUUCUGUUAUGCCUAAAAAAGCAAUGAACUGUGACGUGUUUUCUAAGAACUUUGUUUCUAGUAGUCCAGUAAUUAUGUUUUUGAUGAUUACAAGAUCCAUACAAUAAUAAACUUUAGUUUGCCUUGUAUGAAGUAUACACUGAGGAGCCAAAAGUCCUCUAUUUUAAAGGAUCUUUUUAUGGUAAGGAGUUUAGAUCAGGACAUGGAGAGUCAUUAAAAGUUCUUAGAUAAUUUUGAUUACAGUGCAGCUAGUAUAGACUGAAUGGUGAUAAAGAGGUCAACCAAAAUCCUUACUGAUACAUGUUAAGGAUUCAGUUGAAGGCAGCAGCCUUACGAAUGAAAAGGGAGAGGAGUCAAAAUUUUGAAGUAGACUUGAUGUUGGGAAAUGAGAAGUCAAGGAUGACUUCGGAGUUCUUGAGUUAGUGAAUAGAGAUGACAUUAGCUGAUGUGGGAGGCCAAGAUAGAGCCUGGCAUUGUUGAAUUUGGGGUGCUUAUUGAAGAAUUCAGAGAUAAUGAAAACAGUGUAUGUAGUAUGUAAAACCUGGUGUUCUCAAGGGUUUGGUCCUCAUGGUUUUUUUGUCCGCUGUCUCCCUGGACCCAGCAAAUGAAGAUGGAAUCCUAAAGAACACCCAAGUUUUAAUGGAGAUGAAGAAUUGGGUAAUGGUGUAAGAACUAUGCAGGUAGGAGAGAGACACAGGAGUAAGUGGUAUGUGGAGCCAUCAACUGAGGCUUUUUUCCUUUACUAGGGUGAGAUUUGGAGCACAGGAACAAUGCCCAACUUGAUUUAGCAUCUUAUAAAUAGCUUGGCGUAUCAUAUUUGGUGUUCAGUAAGUCCUUGAAUGAAUGAAUGAAUGAAUGAAUGAAUGAAAUGAAAUAUAAUGUCACUAUGAUGCAGAGAUUGAUUAAAAUAGAAGAAAUUAUUACACAUUUCAAACUAGUAUAUGUGUGUCAUUUACCUUUUAUCUAUUUGUAGUCUUGUUUAUAGCUUAUUGAUAACAUUUGAAAGUAUGCCAGCACGUGUAGGCAAAUACAGGCAUAUUUUUUCCAGAUAUCGCAGUUUGAAUUUCCCUUGUUUUUAGCCUGUUCGUAGUCUUGACUAUUGGAGGUAAGGAUUGGGAAGAAAUCUUUCACAUGGUGAUACCCAAGUUUUAUUGACAAAUGUUAUGGGUGCUACAUAUGCUUUCAGAGCAGUAGUGUGAGGAAGCUUGAAGUGGGAUGGCAGGACGGCCUCAUCCUUAUGACAGUAACUCCAGUGAUCCAGAGAAUUGGGAUCGGAAAUUGCAUAGUAGACCUCGUAAACUUUAUAAACAUUCAAGUACUCCCGCACGUGUUGCUAAAGGAGUUGUUGACCACACCAAAAUGAGUCUACAUGGUGCUAGUGGGGGACAUGAACGAUCAAGAGAUAGAAGAAGGUCAAGUGACAGAUCGCGAGAUUCAUCUCAUGAAAGAACGGAAUCUCAGCUCACUCCUUGCAUUAGAAAUGUUACUUCUCCAACACGACAGCACCAUGUUGAACGAGAAAAAGACCACAGUUCCUCUCGUCCAAGCAGUCCUCGUCCUCAGAAGGCAUCUCCAAAUGGUUCUAGUAGCAGUGCCGGGAACAGCAGCAGAAACAGUAGUCAGUCAAGUUCAGAUGGUAGCUGUAAGACAUCUGGGGAGAUGGUGUUUGUAUAUGAAAAUGCAAAAGAAGGAGCUCGGAAUGUAAGAACGUCGGAACGAGUAACACUGAUAGUGGAUAACACUAGAUUUGUUGUAGACCCAUCCAUUUUUACUGCACAGCCAAAUACAAUGUUGGGCAGGAUGUUUGGAUCUGGCAGAGAACAUAAUUUUACACGUCCCAAUGAGAAGGGAGAGUAUGAAGUGGCAGAGGGAAUUGGCUCCACUGUGUUUCGAGCUAUUCUGGAUUACUACAAAACAGGAAUAAUCCGUUGUCCUGAUGGCAUAUCUAUUCCUGAACUGAGAGAAGCAUGCGACUAUCUUUGUAUUUCUUUUGAAUAUAGUACUAUUAAAUGUAGAGAUCUCAGUGCCCUAAUGCAUGAGUUAUCAAAUGAUGGUGCUCGUAGACAGUUUGAAUUUUAUCUGGAAGAAAUGAUCCUGCCUCUCAUGGUAGCUAGUGCCCAGAGUGGGGAGCGAGAAUGCCACAUAGUAGUGCUUACAGAUGAUGAUGUGGUUGAUUGGGAUGAAGAGUAUCCACCACAGAUGGGAGAAGAGUAUUCACAAAUUAUUUAUAGCACAAAAUUAUAUAGAUUUUUCAAGUACAUUGAAAACAGAGAUGUGGCCAAAUCAGUUUUGAAGGAAAGAGGUCUUAAGAAGAUUAGAUUGGGAAUAGAAGGUUAUCCUACCUACAAAGAAAAAGUAAAGAAAAGGCCUGGGGGCCGCCCAGAAGUGAUUUACAACUAUGUCCAAAGACCCUUUAUUCGAAUGUCUUGGGAGAAGGAAGAAGGAAAGAGUCGGCAUGUAGACUUUCAGUGUGUAAAGAGCAAAUCUAUCACCAACCUUGCAGCAGCUGCCGCAGACAUUCCCCAGGACCAGCUGGUAGUCAUGCACCCGACUCCACAAGUAGACGAGCUGGAUAUUCUCCCGAUGCACCCUCCUUCUGGCAACAAUGACCUCGAUCCUGAUGCACAGAAUCCAAUGCUGUGAUGCUGAUGUUCCUUGAAACCAUCGCAUGCUACCCUUCACGGUGACGUCGCGCUCUCCUCAUUCUGCACUACAAAGCCACGCUCUUCAUCGUGAGAUGCACAUAACAAUGUUUAGGAUAUUGCAGUGGAGGCUUUUUUAAAGACCAAAGGUAGCUGAAUGGUUUUUUAAAUGAGUACAACUCUAGCAUCCUGAGGUUCCAGUUACAUAAAUGUAUUUGUUUACCAGUAGGUUUGUGAAAUUGGUUCUUUGUAUGGGGAACUGUCCUUUUUCACACAUCUAGAUAUUUUCAGAAGUGGUGAAAAUUGGCAGCUGGGGUCUUUUCAGCUUAGAUUGAUACUCAUCACACCCCAGGUAAAAUGUAGAAUAUUACAUAGUUGCACUUUAUAAAUGGUGGUUAAAUGGAACUGUUCAAGCCAUUUUUAUAGUUGUGAUGCACAAUAUAACUGAAAUAAGUGCUUCUAUCAAAGUAUUCCUUCAGUAAAAUGUGUAUAGUUUGCUGCCCAUGAUGAGCAAAAAAAAAAAAUGAGUAUUUAUCAUUGGGCUUAUUUGAAUGAUUAGGAUGAGAGUCAAUGCCCCUAUCUAUCUUCUCUCCAGUGCUGUUCUUGCCCUUUUACAGUGAGUCACAUGCAGGAAGUGUGAACAUCCAGUCUGCCUUACCCUUUAUCUGUUCAGAUAUUUAUUUACUAAUUUUUUUUUCUUAAGAGUUAUGGGAUAGGAAAAUGAAGUGUUUGCUCUUCAUUUACUAAAUGAUUGUAAACUCGAGUUUUUCAUCAAAAUAAAAUUCCAUUGUUUUAAUGUU